AUGGCUUCUAUUAACCUGGAGAACGUCUUCGAUGUUGGGGCAAAGGUUUCACUCAACGUGCCGCUGGUCGUCCCGGAAGAGGACCAUAUUGUCUGGCCGCUCGUCAUGGCCGGAAAUCUCGGGCAGUUGCGAGAGUUAUUAUCGAAAGAUCGGAAUCUGAUGUAUGUCAGGAAUCAAUGGGGUCAGUCCAUUAUGCACGUCGCUGCUAAGAUCCAUCAGCCAGCCGUCUUCAACUUCCUCAAAAACGAAGGCAUGGACGAGAAUCUCGCAGAUGAAAAUCAAAAGUCCGCAGCCAUCACUGUUCUUACUCGCAGAGGAAGCCAAGAAUACAACCUCCCAGUUGACACGGACGAUCUUGCUGAUCGGCUAGGCUGGACUAAUCUUCACAAAGUCGCCGCUUUGGGAACGCGACAUGGCCAGGAAAUAACGGAAGCCCUUCUGCGAGAAUCCGAGUACUCAGAUAUCAACACGAAGGACAUCCUCGGCCGGACUCCGCUCCACUGGCUAGCUGAGAACGGCAAAUCGGACGCCAUCCGGCUCAUUACUCAGGACCCAUGGAGCGCCGAUGUCCAAGCCAGAGACCUUUGUGGAUUCACAGCGCUGCACUGUGCAUGCUGGGCGGACGAUUUUGAUAGCAUCGUUGCACUGCUCGACGUAGGGAUCGACGUCAAUGCCCUUGAUAAGCACAUGCGAACACCCAUGAUGCACAUGAGUAGUCCGGAGAUACUGAAGUACUUGUUGCGCAAGGGGGCUGAUGUGCACAUCAGCGAUGAUGAAGCGGCGAAUAUUAUGCAUCAUGCUUGUGUGUCUGAUCAGGAAGACCUCGUCGAGAUUCUACUGAGAGAAAACGGUCACUCCUUACUUACCAGGAAUCAUACAGGCGACACGCCGCUCGGGCAAGCCAUCGCAAACAACAGCCUUGCAGUAUUGAGGGUAAUGGCUCCUUACCUUCAGGGCUUCCCGGAAUUGCAACCUCCAGUGCCUAAUGAAAGUUUGGUGCAGCCCGAGAAACUGAGCCUCUUGAACAACAACAAGAGGAGCCUGCUCCACCUGACAGCUUUACAUGGGAGCACAGAGGCGAUGGACAUCCUAGCAUCCGCCAAUCUCUGUGGCGUUAAUACGGCGUUCAGAGACAAAGAUGGGCACACUCCCAACGAGUGUUUCGUCAGAUGUCGCGACAACCACUGCGCCGUUGCCCGCAAGCCGUUCGGAUCAGAGAAGCUUGCAUGGGUCUCAUUGAUGAACUCUGCACGAGGCCAGGAGUUGCCGGUUCGGGAUCUGACGGGGCAAGACGCCGACGAUGAAUCGACGAUAGUUGCAUCUGAAUACGAGUGGGGCCAUAGGAAAAGAUCUACGGCGAGCCAUGUUUCUAUUGAUCCGAGUGAUGGUGAGGUGUCGUCUGACGAUGAGUUCAUGGAUGCGGAGGACGAGGUCCGGGAAUAA